UCCGCGGGCACCAUGGUGCUGCGGCUGCUGCCCGCAGUGCUGCUGCCCGCAGCGCUGCUGCUGCUGUGGGCGCCGGGCGGGCUGCAGGCGCUGGGGCGGCCGCGCAGGCAGCGCUACGGGGCAGUGGAGGCCAUGCUCUCCGACUACGACAUCCUCUCCCCGGGCAGCAUCCAGCAGCACUCCCUGCGGCGCAGGGCCCUGCAGCCUGAGACUCACAUAGAGAGGCUGCUCAGCUUCUCUGCCCUCCAGAGGCACUUCAAGCUGUACCUGAGCGCCAGCGCCGAGCGCUUCCCGGGGCGCUUCCAGGCGCUGGUGGUGGACGCGGCGGGCAGGGAGCGGCAGCACCCGGUGCAGUGGCAGCACUUCCUCACCGGGCACCUCGUGGGGGAGCACAACUCCAGGGUCGUGGCACACAUUGGGGAUGAAGAUUUCACAGUGAGGAUCAGCACUGAUGCAGAGGAGUUCAACAUUGAGCCCCUCUGGCGGUUUGUGGAUGAUGAGCAGGAUGAGAGGCUGCUGGUCUACAGGUCUGAGGAUAUCAAAGACUUCUCCAGGCUGCAGUCCCCCAAGGUGUGUGGUUACCUGAAGCUGGAUGAAGAGGAGCUGCUGCCCAAGGGGCUGGAGGACAGGCAGCAGCAGGGAGCGCUGCCCUCGGGAAGCCUCCAGAGGAGGAGCAGAGCUGUGCCAGAGGGCUCCAGGAACACCUGCAAGAUGCUGGUGGUGGCAGAUCAUCGAUUCUUCAAGUACAUGGGCAGGGGGGAGGAGAGCACCACCAUCAACUACCUGAUCGAGCUGAUGGACAGAGUGGAUGACAUCUACAGGAACACCUCCUGGGACGGCGGCGCCUUCCACGGCUACGGCAUCCAGAUAGAGCAGAUCAUCAUCCACAACGAGCCCAACCCGGUGAAGCCUGGGGAGAGGCACUACAACAUGGCCAGGAGUUACCCUGAUGAGAAGAAGGAUGCCUGGGAUGUGAAGAUGCUGCUGGAGCAGUUCAGCUUUGACAUAGCAGAGAAGGCAGCCCAGGUGUGCCUGGCUCACCUCUUCACCUACCAGGACUUCGACAUGGGCACCCUCGGCCUGGCCUACGUGGGCUCCCCCAGGCCCAACAGCCAUGGGGGCAUCUGUCCCAAAGCCUACUACAGCCAGAUAGCCAAGAAGGACAUCUACCUGAACAGUGGCUUGACCAGCACCAAGAACUAUGGCAAGACCAUCCUGACCAAGGAGGCUGACCUGGUGACCACACACGAGCUGGGACACAACUUUGGAGCAGAGCACGACCCUGACAGCCUGCCAGAGUGUGCCCCCACGGAGGACCAGGGGGGCAAGUAUGUGAUGUACCCCAUUGCUGUCAGUGGGGACCAUGAGAACAACAAGAUGUUCUCCAGCUGCAGCAAGAAGUCCAUCCACAGGACCAUAGAGAUCAAGGCCCAGGAGUGCUUCAAGGAGCGCAACAACAAAGUGUGUGGGAACUCGAGGGUGGACGAGGGGGAGGAGUGUGACCCUGGGCUGCUCUACCAGCAGGCUGACCCCUGCUGCUCCUCAGACUGCAGGCUCAAGCCUGGAGCCAAGUGCAGCGACCGGAACAGUCCCUGCUGCAAGGGCUGCCAGUUCGAGAGUGCCCAGAAGAAGUGCCAGGAAGCCAUCAAUGCCACUUGCAAGGGAGAGUCCUUCUGCACGGGCAGCAGCAGCGAGUGCCCGCCGCCGGGCAACGCGCCGGACGACACGGUGUGCGUGGACAUGGGGCGCUGCAAGGCCGGGGAGUGUGUCCCCUUCUGCGAGCGCCAGCGCAGCCUGCGCUCCUGCGCCUGCAACGAGACAGACAACUCGUGCAAGGUGUGCUGCCGGGACCAGCAGGGCCGCUGCCUGCCCGUGCUCGAUGCCAACCAGCAGUUCCUCUUCCUGCGCAAGGGCAAGCCCUGCACCGUCGGCUUCUGCGACGCCAACGGCAAGUGUGAGAAGCAGGUGCAGGAUGUGAUCGAACGCUUCUGGGACUUCAUCGACCAGCUCAGCAUCAACACCUUCGGGAAGUUCCUGGCAGACAACAUCGUGGGCUCCGUGCUGGUCUUCUCCUUGCUCUUCUGGAUCCCCCUCAGCAUCCUGGUGCACUGUGUGGACAAGAAGCUGGACAAGCAGUACGAGGAGAACACCAAGUCCCUGUUCUGCCCCAGUAACGUGGAGAUGCUGAGCAGCCUGGACUCGGCCUCGGUUCGCAUCAUCAAGCCCUUCCCCGCGGCGCAGCCCAGCAGCCGCCACCAGCCCCUGCAGCCCCUGGGCCCCGCGCCCCCCGCGCCCAAGCAGGACCACCAGCGCAUGGACACCAUCCAGGAGGACCCCAGCACCGACUCCCAUGAGGAGGCCUUCGAGCAGGAUCCCUUCCCCAGCGCCGGCGCCGCAGCCAAGUCCUUCGAGGACCUGACGGAGCCGGCAGUGCGGCGCAGCGAGAAGGCUUCCUCCUUCAAGCUGCAGCGGCAGGGCAGGGUGGACAGCAAGGAGACAGAGUGCUAGGGGCUGGCUGCCCUGCAGGGGCUGGCUGCAGCCAGGCAGAGCUGGGGCCCUGGGGGA